AUGCGUAUAACAGAGGAAGAACAGUCGGCUUCAUAUUCUAUUCAUAACAGAGAUAACAAAAUCAUACUCAAGGAUUCCAAUACCACGCUGCCCUCCUCCACUGCAGUGACUAGGGAGAUCAUUGGGGGACAUGAGGCUGAGCCCCACUCCAGGCCCUACAUGGCAUAUCUGGAGGCAUUUGAUGAGAAUCCACCAAAAGUGCAAACGUGUGGUGGGUUCCUGAUACGAGAGGAUGUGGUGAUGACGGCUGCUCACUGUCAUGGCAGCACUAUUGAGGUGACCCUGGGAGCCCACAACAUCCAAAAGCAGGAGAAAAGCAAAUGUAAGAUCCCCGUGAGCAGAGCCAUCCUACACCCGAACUUUGAUUCUAGGAUCUACACCAACGACAUCAUGUUGCUGAAGGUAAGGAAAAAUGCUAAUUUGACUAAAGAAGUGGGACUCCUCAGCCUGCCAGACUCCCAAGUCCAACUGAAGCCAGGCCAGGUGUGCAGCGUGGCUGGCUGGGGGCUGCUGAGUCCACGAUCAGACAUGGCAGACACACUUCAAGAGGUGCAGCUGACCUUACAAAUGGACCAAGAAUGCAAAUUCCAUUUUCCACGUAACUAUAACCCUGCCAUCCAGCUGUGCGCUGGGGACCCCAACAGGAGAAAGAGUACCUUUAAGGGAGACUCCGGGGGUCCUCUUGUCUGCAACAACUUGGCCCAGAGAAUUGUCUCCUAUGGAAUGAGCAAUGGAUCACCACCCAGGGCCUACACGAGAAUCUCCAGUUUCCUCUCCUGGAUAAGGAACACCCUGAGAAGGAUGUAA